CAAAAAUAAGAAAUAAUAAUAAUUUAAAAAAAUAAAAAAAUAAUACCACAUAGGCUUUAAGAAGAAACUAAUGUUUUCUCUCUCCUGGGGGGUUAUAAUUAAGAGAAUCAAUUCAAUAUCGCAAGAGAAACUCUCCCUUCUUUUAACAUUCACAUUGAUAUUCUCUCUCCUUCUUUCUUCCCUUACAUCACACCAAAUGUAUGAAAUUUCUCUCUCUUAAAUUGUUUCUCUUCCUUUUGUCCGUUUCUAAUGUAUUAGCAAUUUCUUUACCCAAAUCAAUCAAUUGAAAGAGCACCAGAAUAAGAUGACGUCAGGGUAUUCCGGUGAUCUUUUCUACGCCGGAGGAGGGGCAGGGACGGGUGCAGGAAGGCCGUCGUCGUUAGCCGGGAUGGCGGGUUUUCGACAACAACAGCAACAACAACAACAACAGCAAGGGAUGUUAAUCUCCCCGAUUGACCAGAUCGCUCAAAGGAGAGCGGAUUUGUUGAUGGGUAAACGCUCUUUUGGUGAUUUUUACCAACAACAAAUUCUCCUUCAACAACCGCAACAACAACAGCAACCGAAUCCGCUUUUGUAUAUGCAAAAACAACAACAGUCGCAGCAACAGCAGCAGCAACAACAACAACAGCAAUCUCAUCAGCAGUUGUCGUUCUUGCAACAACAAUACUUGAUGCGAUCGGUAAAACAAAGAACCAAUGCUUUUGUUUCUUCCCCGAUUUCUCCGCUUUCACAAACCAUUGAUCUUUGUUCUCCUACUAGUAAUAACAAUUCUCUCUCUUCAUCCUCGACUCGUUUCGGUGUUCCGAUUUACCAGCAACUCCGUCAACAACAACAACUGCAACAGCAACACCAACUACAACAACACCAGCAACAGCAAGCAAUUUCUGUCCUAAACAAUAACAACAACAAUAAUCACCAAUUUCUCCACCAUAACCAAUUCAACAACCCCACAAAUAAUUGUUUAAUCCCAACCCUUUCUAAUAAUACCAACAAUAAUCUCAUCAGCCCGAUUCAAAACCCGAACAUGGGGUAUUCAAAUUACGGGCCGAAUUCGGUCAAACCAAAACCCGAACCUCAGCCCGAAAAUUUUUCUGGUUCUGGGUUUUCAAAUUUGGGGCAGAAUCCCAACCUCGUUGAGCCCAAGAUUGAUGCGGAUUCCGAAGAUCACAAGAUUCUCAACACCCUUCAAGAGCUUGAGAAACAGCUUCUCGACGACGACGACAACGACGAUGAAAACGAUGCCGUUUCGGUAAUCACCAACAGUGAAUGGUCUGAAACGUUUCAGAAUCUCGUGAGUCCGAGCGGAAACCCGAACCCGAACCCAAGCCCGAGUCCAAGCUCAAGCCCGAAUACCAACCAUGCUUCUUCCAGCACAAGCGGGAGCAGCAACACCAAUAAUACAAAUACCAUUGCAAGCAAUAAGAAUAACAUGAUUUCGCCUUCGCCAACAUCGUCCACUUCAUCAUGCUGCUCUACGUCUGCGCCACCACUUCCACCGCAGCAACAACCACCACCGGCCGAGACGCUCUCGGCUAAGCAACUGAUUGCCGAGGCAGCGAUGACUAUCGCAGAAGGAAAGAACGAGGUAGCAACUGAUUUGUUGGCUCGUUUGAGUCGAAUUUCGAACUCCAAAGGGAGUUCGGAGCAAAGGUUGGCCUUUUACAUGGGGAACGCGCUACGUUGUCGCGCGUGCCCCAGUGAGAUCUCUGCCCCUGUGCAUGAACUCUACUCGGAGGAACAAAUGCUAGCGAUGUACUCGCUGUAUGAUAUCUCCCCUUGCUUUAAGUUCGGGCUAUUGGCCGCAAACCUCGUGAUGUUGGAAGCAAUCACGAGUGCUUUGCAGGAAGGGAUUAAGGUUCAUGUCAUUGACUUCGACGUCGGCCACGGCGCGCAGUACAUUAAUCUGCUGCGCGCCCUGGCCGAGCGUCGGUCGCAAAUCGUAUCGGCCGCCGGGUCUUAUGAGCUGAAGGUUACUGUCGUCGAGACAGAGGUUAACAAUCGCGGGUAGGAGUCUGUGAAGGAAGGGUUGAUCAAGCUGGCUGAGCGGGUUGGAAUUAAUUUGAAAUUUCAGGGUUUGACUCGGAGGAUCACCGAAUUGAGUCGCGAGUCACUUGGGUGCGAAGAUGGAGAGGCGAUUGUUGUGAAUUUUGCUUUCAAGCUUCACCGGGUACCGGAUGAGAGUGUUUCAAUGGAGAAUUUACGUGACGAGCUACUUAGGCGCGUGAAAGGGCUUAACCCACGCGCAGUUACGUUAGUGGAGCAGGAAAUGAAUGGGAAUACUGCUCCUUUUAUGACCCGCGUGAAUGAAUCAUGUGCGUACUAUGGAGCCUUGUUGGAUUCACUCGAAUCGACCCUCCCUAAGGAGAAUUCGGACCGGGCUCGAGUCGAGGAGGGGCUAGGGCGAAAGAUGUCGAAUUCGAUUGCGUGUGAAGGGAGGGAGCGCGUGGAGCGUGCGGAAGUGUUUGGAAAGUGGCGGGCCCGGAUGGGGAUGGCUGGGUUUGAGCUAAAACCGCUUAGCCAGAGCGUGGCGGAGUCAAUGCGGGCUAAGUUAAACUCGGCCCGUGGUGGGAACCCGGGGUUUACGGUUAAGGAAGAAAAUGGUGGGGUCGGGUUCGGGUGGAUGGGUCGGACUCUUACCGUCGCAUCUGCUUGGCGUUAACUUCACUCAUUAUCUUUCCAAACACACCCUUAAGGAAAAUUAGUAUUAGUAUAUUAUUGUUUACUUACUUUUGCCCACAAUUGUCAUAGUAUAUGCUUAAUUUUAAUUUUAGUAUUAUAUAUUUAAUCAAAUUUUCCUUUUUUAAAUUUUGUUUUAGGGAGAGGGGAAUGUAAGGAGGGAAAAACCCCACCAAACAAAGUAAUAAAAAGAAGGUUGGGGGAAGUGUUUGGAUGGAUGUGAGAGAAAAUUCUUGUGAUCAAUUAUUUUAUUUUGUUUUUAAUUUUUAAUUUUAAGUGGUUAAAGGAAGGUGGGAUUUAAGGGAUUGUUGAAAUUGGAAAAGUUUGUUUGGCAAAUUGGGCUGACUUGUAUGGAUAGGUUCUUCUCUUAAUUGGCAAAAAUAUAUUGAAUGGGGUCCACUAUUUUAUUAGCAUUUGAAGUAUUAUUAUUAUUA